CAAAAAUACCGCCGACGGAGGCUGCGCGUUUUCGACAGGAAUUGCAACGAAACUCGAACUGCUUCCUGUAAAAUGGAGAAGAAACAGGAAUUCGAGUUUAUGCAGAUCACCACUUGAGGGUGAAACGCUGCGGUCUCCUGAGCUUCAGUUUUUGGUCUUGUUCAGGCUCGACUUGUCAACCCCGCGCCAUUUCUCGCUGGCGGUUUUGCUGAGGAUUGUGGGAGUCAGAGUGUGGUUGCGGCCGCCGCCCGCGGGGUGGCGCUGCCGGGCCGCCUGGGCUACAACAACAACAAGAGGAAGAGAAAGGAGCGGGGCAAACAGCGGCUACAGGAGCGGGGCAAACAGCGGCUAGACCGGACGAGGGCGCAGUUGGCAACGUAGGCUGCGGGCGAACAAGAUUACCCAAGAGCUUGACCUCACGGCCUCUCUCAGCCUCCACCAUGAACAACCUACAAUCCCUGGUUUUGCAGAGUGCAGACAGCCCGGGCAAUAUUCAGUGCAAUUCAGGAUGCAUGUAUCGGAUUGUGCAGACUACGAGUCUGGAUGGGAAGAACAUCCUGAAACUAAUUCCACUUUCCAACAUCCCUGGACACUACAUCCCAGCUGUUCCUCUUCCUGUUUCUGUUCCCGUUUCCACCGGUAGUACCCCUUCCAAAGUAAAUGUGUCAACCGUGUUCCAGGUUGCAACGCCACCUAAAACAACAGCUUGCAGUGCUCCAACAGCAUGCUUUCCUAUGUUGCAGCACACCAACACAGGAAGCUUUCUAAUAACAUCACUUGAAGGAUCAGCCAGCCAAAAUGUGACAACCCCAGUCAAUCCUUCACAGGAAAACAUACUUACAGCACCAGCAGUUGCAUCUUUGCAAUGUCCUAGACUAGCAGCGGUUACUUUGCCUGGUCUACAUGUGCAGAAGCCCCAAGCAACUCCCAGUUUAACUAUGGAACAAAAGUCUUAUAAUUUAAAAACAGUUGCUUUGCAUGAUCCAACUGUACAAAAUACCCAAGCAUCAUCUAUUUUGCCUAUUACAGACCAAAAUGCUUAUAAUCUAAGAACAGUUACUUUGCCUGGUGUGCCAGUGCAGAAGGUCCAAGCAUCUCCAACUGAUCAAAUGGCUUAUAACCUAACAACAAUCACUUUACCUGGCCCAGCUGUACAGAAUACCCAAGCAUCUUCCACUUUGGCUAUGGACCAGAACACAUACAUGCUUUUAAAGUCUCCAGUGUUGCCUGCUGGCCAUCAUCUUCAGAUCCCUGCAAAUGCAGAAGUCAAAUCUGUUCCAGCAUCUUCACUUCCCCUUGCUAUCCAGCAGAAGAUUUUGUCUACUGCAGCAUCGAAUCUUGCUAACACGACUGAAUCCAAAAAGUCAUCUCCGACUGUCAUUUAUGUUUGCCCCGUGAACACCGUGAAGACAGUGCAGAAGCGCCUCCCAAAUAUUCGCCCCAAGAGCAUUUUGAACCUGUCCACAACCCUCAUCACUGCUGAUACCCCUUUUCCAAGCACAACUGCACCUGCUACUUUUGCUUAUGAUGGAGUAAUUUCUAAUGAGCAACUCCUAUCCAAGGAUAGUCCAAUGAAAUGGGUCGUGCAGAAGAAUCCACAAUCUUUAGCGCACUGUCUUAUUCCAGUUAAAUCUUCCAAUAACUUGGCCUCGAAGAUCUUAAAGAGCUUGGCUGAUCAGCAGCACACUGAGAGCCUGGUACCAUCACCGUCGACUGCACCUACACAAACAGGGGCCGACUUAUUUUCUCCAUUCAAGGAAAAUGCUCUAGUUAUGUACAAUGGUAAAGUCUACUUAGUUGUGCAAAAAAAUGGUGGAUUGCCUGCUCCAUGCCCCAAGAGCGUUCCAGCUUCCAUGAAUCAUGCAGAGAAAGAGAAUGCCUUGUCUGCUAUUUUAUCGCAGGCUGAUUUACUGACCAAAAUCAAAGAGGAACCAGAGGACCCUGAUCCUGAACUUGUUGAACAGGAGAACCAUUAUUUAAACCAGCCCACCGAUUACUGUAGAACGGCAGUCAAUGCCCAAAGUGUCCAUGACCAGCACAGGGCUCAAGAUAUACCAGGCACUCUGCAUGAGCAUUCAAAGUCGAUUUGUGGUACUGCUAGAGAGAAAACCGAUGAGCAGUUACUGAAGAAGGCAGGAAUUCACACCAAUCUCCGAAUCUGCCUGACUAGAAUAUCCCAAAAACAGCUGGAACAGUGGGAAAAGAACAAUUCCUCCGCAAGCUCUGAACCACUAGAGUUAUCUUCUCAUCUGUCCAAGAAAAUGGACGACUUAAAGACUGAAGCAGUUAGUAAAGAGACACAAGUGAAUUUGACGCUUCCAGUUGUUAAACGAGAGGAACCUAUAGAUACAGAAUAUUAUGCAUACCAUACAAAGGAUAUAGAGAUUAAGCUUGAGCCCAAAUCACCAGUGAAAAGAAAAGCAGAAAGCAUCCAGUGCUGGGUGGCAGAUAAGAAACAAUGUCUAAAACGGUUCAUUCCAAACUGGGAAUCUGAGCAUGCCUACAGCUGCCUUCCUGUAUACAAUGCAGAAGCACCUUCCCACAAUACAGAAGCAACCUCCCAGGUCGACUCUCAUUGCGGACAGGAGGUGUUCACCAGCUCUCCUCAGGCUAGCUCAGUGCUGGAGGAGAGCACAAUAAUGGAAUCCUCCCCCACGAUGACUUUCAGUGCUGGGCCAGAUAAUGUACCCAACCCCUCAGCUGUCUCCACAGACCCUGUUCCUGUGCCCAGCACCUCGACUCAUUCAAUGGAAUGCUCCCCUACGACUGAGAUCAGUGCAGCAAGCAGUUACUCUCCUCUCACUUCUUCAAGUAUUGAUGAAACUACACGAGAUGAGAAGAUCAAGCGGCUGAAGGCGAUUCUGAAGGAGAAGGAGGCCGCGCUGGAGGCAAUACGAAAGAAAAUGAUGAAGGCCAAAUCGGCCGAGAAGAGUAAAGCCGAAAAUAGCAAAUGCCCUUUGACGAGCAAGAAACAACGUUGUAAAAAAUGGAUCUUGAACAGGGAAUCAGAGCACGCGUACAGCUGCCUCCCAGAAGACGAGGCGGGUGGAACGGCCCACAAUGGUCCUCGCUGUGGUCAGGAGAGGUCUGUGAGCUCAUUGAACAGCAGCUCAGACACAACAGUAACGGAAUCCUCCCACAAGAUGACUCGUGGCGCCCUGACCCAUAGUAUAACCUACACUGGGGAACACUUUCCUACGGUUGAAAUCCUUCCUCCUGCAGGCGUGGACAAGACCACACGUGAUGAGAAAAUAAAACGCCUGAAGGAGAUUCUGAAAGAAAAGGAGGCCGCGCUGGAGUCAAUUCGGAGGAAAAAGGUUUCGGCGCCUUUCUAAAGUUGUCCUGGAUCAAAACUAAAAAGGCCGCGUGCUCAUCUUGAUGCUUCGUUAACUGGUGUCCAACAUUUUGUGCGAUCUCAGUCUCCCUCGAAGGUUAUGAUGACAUGUAUUUGAAGUGUUUAUCUUUUAAAUGUUAUUUUUACUGCACAUUUGAGCAGCUAUUUUGUUGAAUUUUAAAAUUUAUUAUCUCACAUUGUAGUGGAGUUAAUAGUUUAUAAUUAGGAUGACGAUUCUGUUAUAUUGUGCAAUGUAAGGUGGGGGCGGUUUAGCCCGUAUUAGUUUGUUUGGUAAAUUGUAACGUUUCUGUAUAAUUUUUAAAUAUAAACUCAAAUCAGAAGAUGCAAUUUAUUCUUCUGUAUCUACAGAGAAUGGUUCUGAGUUGAUGACUUGCGGCUAUGUGCACAUUUUUCUAAGUAUUAAAUCCGACCACAGCU